CCCGGUUGCUUUGCAGAUGUUGGCCAGCAGAAUCCUGAUCAGGAGGUUAAUUUAAAUGAGUUAGAAUGCAGUGACUAUGAAACAAUUUUUCAUGAGCUGAUGCAUGCCCUCGGACAGCUACACGAGCACUCACGGUCGGAUCGGGAAACUUUUAUUUCAAUAAUAAAGGGAAAUAUAAAAAAAGAAUUUAUGGAUAAUUUCGAAAAAUAUGAUACAUUCGACAGAACUCCGUAUGAUGUUGAAUCUGUAAUGCAGUACUCAUUAAAUGCUGGUGCAAAAGAUGAAUCGAAGCCAACCAUGAUGCUGCACGAUCAGAGUCUUGCUUUCCUUAUUGGCCUUUCUAAAACUAUGACUUUCUACGACGUACAGGAAAUAAACAAAGCUUAUCAAUGUUCAGCAUUAUGUAAAGAAGAUCCUCCUGUGUGCCAAAACGGUGGAUAUGUUCUUCAUACGUGUCAGUGUAUGUGUCCUGACGAUUUGAAUGGCACUACUUGUAACCAGGUUAAAAGUGAUAAAGAUUGUGGAGGCAUCAUAGAUCUUGAUUGGAAUCAAUAUGAAUCUAUACCAUCAGACAAAUAUCCCUGGAAAUACAGAACAAAUAAGAGAUGUGUCUGGAUGAUUAGAGGACCAAGCGAUUCCAAUAUAAAAUUAACGAUCAAGAAACUUAAUCUAUCGGUCUCGAAAGGCCAAGCAUGCUAUCACUGGCUGGAGAUUAAAUACAAUCUUGUUGGUCAGUCAGGAAUCAGAAGAUGCAACAAUCCCUCAGCAGAAGAAAUAACAGAAAUAACAACAACUGAUUCUGUGGACAAAAAUAUUAUGAUCCUUACGUUUGACAGCAAAAUCUCUAAAGACAUAAAGCUACCUAAGGAUGAUCCAGGAAUGCUUUUAGAAGUUAAAGUUGUUUAAGAUCACAUAAGCCAUUACAGUUCAAUGAAGUAACUAACAUAAUACAGGUAUCUUUUAAUGGAGCAGUACAACUGAAUCUUUGCUGCAAUUGCAAGUACGAUAUUCGGUAGAAGGACAGUGCAUUUAAGGAAACGAUUGUAGUUACAUCUGCACCGCUUGUUGAUACCAUGGGCCACUUUGUGAACUGUAAUAUAGUAUACUUUUAUAUGUAGCUAGCAAAAAAAACCUGCAAUUAUAUGUAAUUACUCACGCACUUUUUAUUUAUCACCUAUGAACCUAUAGAGGCUCAAGUGAGCUUUUCUGAUCAAAAUUUGUUAUCUGUCGUUGUCGUCGUCGUUGGCAUUAUUGUCGUCGUAACCUUUUCACAUUUUCAUCUUCUUCUCGUGAACCACUGGGCCAAUUUUAACCAAAACUUUGUUCAAAACAUGA